UUAAAAUUCUAGAUAUAAUCUUAUUAAGAAUAUCUUUAAUCAAUAAAUAAUUAUUUUCAUUAAUCAAAAUUUAAAUAGAAUUCAUUUACUUUUUUUUUCAUUAUCGUUCUCUUCUAGAACCAUGAAGCCAGCCAGAUAUGCCCUUUGAACCCAGAUCCCUCACAAACGACACCAAGCCCGCUCUCACCGACGAUUGGCCUUCCAAUCAGACCUUUGCAUCCCCCCACGAGCUUCAUUCAAUACAUUUACGCACGAACAAGAUUUGAAGUCGUCGCCCAAGCUUUGCCUCAUUCGCGGUAGAUCUGAAGCUCCAUCGAGAUCGCAGAGGCUGCUUAAGUCGAGAUCGGGGAUGGCAAGGCUGGGUCGAAGUCGAGAUCGGGGGCAUUGAUGAGGAUUGGCUUGACGGGAGAGACUUGCGACGGGGUUGAGAGUUAAUCAUAGACUUUGAUCUGUGUAAGGGUUGAGUUUGUAUGUGGUAGUAGAUUGUUGGAAUAGAUUUUUGUGUUCAUGCAUUUUUUUGUUUUUUUGCUUUUGUAAAUUCUGAAUAAUAGGGGAAAAAAUCUGGAUGAGGGAGCUUUUGUUUGUUAGGAGAAUUACAUCAAUGAAAUUUUGAAAUUGGUUUUGAGAAAGAAAAAAAUAUAUCGGUUCAAGAGGAGAAUGGGUGAAAGAUGAUGAAGGUUAGGAAAAAUGUAGAAUUUUUAAUUUUUAAUUAAAUUUUAAAUAUAUUUAUUAUUUUUUAAUAAGAAUACAUCUAUUUAUGAAUUUUCAAUUAUUUUUUAUUUUAAAUUACACACUCAACGUUGACGUACACGUUAGUGAAUAAAGAAUCACGUCAAUAUUUUAGAAAAAAUCUGUGGUGGGGGUGUUAAAAACGUCCCCACCCGUGGGAACUUUUUUUGGUAAGCUGAUUGGGUAUUAUAUUGAUGGGAACUUCUUAAUAAAAUAUGCAUGUGUAUUGGGUAUUAUUUUUUCUCAUCCCAUCUCAAUAAAAUAUUAUUUGAUUUUUUUUUGGCCUAUCUCCCGUGAGCUCCUCCACCCCAUCUCCCACAGUGAGGUCCUCCACCCCAUCUCCGGUGUUCGCCUACCUAAAGCUCCUCCCGUGUUCGUCACACGCGAGCCAAGCUCCUCCAAGAUCUGAGCAAGUUUCGAAGCUGUACAUCCCUGGUGGUAUGGAUAAAAAUAAGUUGCGUGAUAUUCUAUCGGGGUUGAUUUCCCACGAGUGUGAAGUACAGGAAUUGAAGCGAGCGAUAUCAUAUUUAAGACAUGAUGUUUGUCAGCUCCGUUUGAAUGAGCUUAGACAAUAUGAGCAAAGUAAUUCAUUUGAUCUUUUGUUCGAGGAAGCAUGUGGGUUGAUGAAUGAUUUUAAUAGUUUGACUAAGAAAUUUCGAAAUAGAAAUUUGUUUUGUGAUGUUAAUAUAGAGAAUGGGGAUUCAGAGUUUGGAGGGGCUCAUUUAGUUGAUUUAAAUGUAAAAGAAUGUGAGGUGGAGUUGCAAGACAUUGGUGGAGUGGAUUCCAAUGCAAAACAUGGAGAUGCAGAGUUGAAACAUGAUUCGUUAAGUGGUUCGAAUGUGGAAGAUGGGAAAGGGCAGUUGGAAGUCAUUGGGGGGGGGGGGGGGUGGAUUUGAAACUAGAAAAUGGAGAGGGAGUGUUUCAUGAUGAUGGGUUAGGAUGUUCGAAUGUAGACGUUUGUCCUUUGAAUGCAGAAGUUGGGGUAGAGCAGUUGGAAGUCGUUGGUUUGGUUGAUUUGAAAGGAGAAAAUGGAGACAUAUUUGUAGGGCAGUUGGAAGAUAUUGGCGUGGUUGAUUUGACGCUAAAAGAUGCAGAGGGAGAGUUGGAGCAAGAUCUAUUACAGAAUAAAAAGAUGGAAGAUCCCCCAUUGAUUAGUCAAUGUAAUUUGUUAAGUGAUGGAAACUGUAGGGAAGGAGAUGGAAUUGAUAUAGUUGAUUUGGAGGAGAAUACUUGCAACAAUAGUUGUUAUUUUAAAAAUGGUGAGGUAGUUUGUGGAGAAUCUAGUCAACUGACUGGUGAGGAAUGUGUUGUAGAAGGAGAUAGGUUGCCUUCACAUUUUGUGACUUUAAUUAAUUUGAUUAGUGCCAGUGAACAGUGUCGCAAAGGUGAAUUUUCCAAUUCUGAAUAUCAAGUAAUGUUGCACUUUAAAGAGGAGAAGAAGUUGGUCUCUAAGUUUGGUGGAUCUGGAUUUGAUUGUAAUACUUUUGAUGUAGAAGAAAGAGAAUUUCAGAACCUAUCUUGUGAGGAAAGUGUUAAGGAGAGUGUAUUUCUACCCUCUAUUCUGAAUCGUAGUAGUUGGGCUAAUUUGCACGAUCUGAAUAAUGAGGAGAAAGUUUUGAUGGAGUAUGUGAUGGACCAUACAAAGCCGGCAGAUGAGAUUGUUUUCCUUGGUGAGAAAGUUGUCGGUAGGAGGAGAGAUUUCCUAACAUUGUCAAAAAAGCAACUUGUGAGCGCUAGAGUUGUGAAUUGCUUAGUUGAGAUUUUAUCUUCAACGGAGUUAGGUGAGCGUGGGAACAAGAUUAGAUUUUGUUGGAUACCGACAUAUUUAUCGCGACCCGAUCCUUUAUCCUGUUUUAGUAUUAUUGAUGGUGGAAAAUGGCGUGCUUGGUGUGGAGAACUUGCUGAUUGUGAGAAGGUUUAUGCCCCAAUCCUUGCAAAAAGACACUGGUUCCUAGCAGUAUUUAACUUGGCGUUGAAGAAAGUGGAUGUUUAUGACAAUUUUGAAAUUCCUUCUUUUCACCUCGGGUUCUGUAUAAUUAACACAAUGUUGCGGUCGAUGGAUAAUGCAUUCUGUGAAUCAGUGAAGAGUGUACACACAAGUGAUUGGGCUUUCGCCGACUUUGAUGUAGCAGAACCUUCGUCCCAUCAUAAGAAGUGCGCAGAUUAUGACUGCGGUGUGUACGUAAUGAAGAUGCUGCUGCAAGAGUAUGUGGAUGGAAUUUUAGGUGGAAGAGGAGACGAUGUCGUUGCCGACUUGGACUGGAGAUGUACUUGGGCAGGACCAACCAAUGUACCUAGGGAGAUUGAUAGGCUACUUAUUGGUGCAAAAAUUCUCACAUCUGGGGUGAACAAAGUAAGAGAUAAUAUGUUUCAGAAAGCUGUUAAGAUGCAUGAUAGAAAUGAAGGUUGAGUAGAUGGAACCUAUGUGGGUGGAGGAAUGGUUUUUUAUUUUGUUUAGUAAAAAGGCAUUGUGAAGUUAUAAGAUAUUGGACAAUUUUGUGGUAGAUAUGAAAGGUUAUAAGGUGAUGAAUUUACAUUAGUUCAACUAUGUGAUGAAGUUGGGCAUAUUAAGGUGUCUACAAUAUAAUUGUGUUUAAUUUUU